CGUUUGGUCGUUACCUUGUUUUUUUCUUUGCUGUGUAAGUAAUAAUGGUUUUAUGCCGAUUCGCUUAUUCUCCUGCAAGCCAUUUAUCUUUUCCGAAAUACCCUCCCAAAUACGCCAAAUUACCUUCGCUGCCACUUUCUGCAGCCUGGCGUUAUUCAACGUCAACGAUGGAAGCUCCUCCCGAAGGUUACCGCAAGAACGUUGGAAUCUGUCUCAUCAAUAAUCAAAAGAAGGUUUUUUCGGCUUCAAGGUUGGAUAUUCCGAAUUCAUGGCAAAUGCCACAGGGUGGUAUUGAUGAAGGUGAGGAUCCGAGAAAUGCAGCUAUUAGGGAGCUGAGAGAAGAGACUGGUGUUACUUCAGCAGAAAUCAUUGCAGAGGCACCUUUCUGGUUAACUUAUGACUUCCCACCAAAAGUCAGGGAGAGAUUAAAUCUUCAGUGGGGAACUGAUUGGAAGGGGCAGGCGCAAAAGUGGUUUCUUUUUAAGUUCACUGGGCAAGAUCAAGAAAUCAAUCUUUUGGGCGAUGGUACCGAGAAACCUGAGUUUGGGCAAUGGUCAUGGAUAUCACCAGAACAAGUACUCAAGCUUGCAGUGGAUUUCAAGAAGCCUGUCUACAAGGAAGUCCUUGCAUCGUUUGCUCCACAUCUCCAAUAAUCUCAUCUCUGUUGAAAAAUGUUUAGCUUCCAAGUGAGAGGCGUCAUUGAUAAUUCUGCGGGUUGCUUUAAAAUAAUGUAUCACAUUCAUAGAUAAUUACCGAGACAGAGAUAUUCUCCUUUUCUCCUCUUGGCUUUACGGACAGGUAGAUAAGGGGGAUAUUUACUGUAUUUACAUGGAUGUGUCCAUUUUUGUUUUUGUGAAGAAAGGUGAUACACGAUUGUUAAGUAUCAGAAAGUGUAUGAGAAUGAAUUUGUGAUGACUUAGCCUACAAAUCUUAAGUUCCUUUGGGAACACAAUAACACGAUUUUGAUCAUUGCUUUACAGUAGACUUUCUUUGUAUACAAAUGUCUAUGAAGUUAGUAUUUAUUUAAA